CACUUUCAUAACAUUCUACUCAUCAAACUUGAAGCUUAAGAGUUAAGAGCAUAAAAUUAACUCUUACGCUUGUUAAAAUGGCUGCUUUCACAAACCAAAACUUCCAACUCUUAUGCUUUGCCUUAGUCCUCCUCUUGGGUCUUUGGGCCACCCAGUCCUUGGCUCGUACUCUCGACGAUCACAAGUCCUUGUCGAUUCGCGAAAGGCACGAGCUCUGGAUGGCUCGACAUGGCCGUGUAUACAGAGAUCAGAUAGAGAAGGAGAAGCGUCUCAACAUUUUUACUAAAAAUGUUGAGCGUAUAGAGAAUUUUAAUAGUAAUGCAUCAUCAGAUAAAUUGUUCACAUUAGGUGCUAAUGCAUUCAGUGAUCUAACCAUUGAGGAGUUUGUAGCCACUCAUACUGGCUAUAAGAGACAAUUUCAUUCCGAAUCCAUGUCUGGUUCCUCCAUAACUAAAGGGUUAAGGUUUGAUCAAAAUCUCACUGACAUGCCACCCUCAUUGGAUUGGAGAGAAAAGGGUGCAGUCACUCCCAUAAAGGACCAAGGACAAUGUGGGUGUUGCUGGGCAUUCUCAACGGUGGCAGCAGUAGAAGGACUAAAUCAAAUCAAUACAGGACAAUUAAUCUCACUUUCAGAGCAGGAACUCGUCGAUUGCGUACAAAAUAGCAAUGGUUGUAAUGGAGGCGCGAUGACAAAUGCUUUCGAGUUCAUCAAACAAAACCAAGGCAUAUUGAGGGAAGACGAGUACCAAUACCAAGCUAUGCAGGGUCAGUGCCGCGCAACAUAUACUAGCGGCAACGCAGUGACAAUUGAAGGGUACCAAAGGAUUCCUCCAAACGACGAGGCAACUCUAAUGCAAGCGGUUUCGAAGCAGCCUAUCUCCAUUGGCAUAGACGCUAGUGGUUUCGAGUUCAAGAACUACAAUGGAGGGCUGUUCAAUGGAGAGUGUGGCCAAGACUUGAGUCAUGCUGUUACAAUUGUUGGGUAUGGCACAGAUACUGAUGGAUAUAAUUAUUGGUUGUUGAAGAAUUCAUGGGGAGAAACUUGGGGAGAAAAUGGAUAUAUGAAGAUUAUCAGAGAUCAGAAUCAAUGUGGCAUCACCUUGGAUGCUUCUUAUCCUAUAUGAUUUUACAUACAUGGAAUGAUGGAAGAAGCCACUAAAUUAUGUAUAGCCAAAAGCCACAUGCAUCAUGCAUGCUGCUUGGGCUAAUUUUGGAGUAUGUUUUGUGUUGGCUUGAGGCUUAAGCAUAUCGUUUAGUAUAAGUUGUACUUAUUAGGUAAUUUCUUUAGCAUCACAAGUAUGCUAUAUAUAGGGCAAUACUCUUUUCUAAGACCACUACAUUAAGCAUUAAUUAUUUAUGAAAUGUUAUAGUUAUACUUUAUAAUUGAUCUUAUUAUUAUUGAA